AUGUCUCUUGCAACCCUGGACACCACAGAGCACCCCAACCUCCCCGCCGUAUCCACAACACUCUUCAGAGCUAAGGCCGCUCGCAAGCUAACAUUUGAGAAAAUUGGCGAGCACCUCGGUCGCAAUGAAGUAGCUGCAGCUGCCAUAUUCUACGGCCAGGCCAAGGCGUCACCCGAAGAUAUCGAAAAGCUGGCCGAUCUGCUUCUCAUCCCCCAGCAGCCUUUGGAGGAACAACUCAACGGCUUCCCCGAUCGUGGCCGCUCUGUCCAAAUGCCGCCCAAGGAACCCCUUAUCUACCGACUCUAUGAGAUCGUGCAGAACUAUGGCUAUGCCUACAAGGCGGUUCUCAAUGAGAAGUUUGGGGAUGGGAUUAUGAGUGCAAUCUCGUUUUCGACCAAGGUUGAAAAGGAGACUGAUGAGGAUGGUAAUAACUGGGCUGUUAUCACUCUUCGUGGGAAAUGGCUGCCCUUUUCUCGAUUCUAA